AUGCUCAACGACACAAAUGGGGCCGACGAUCCAGACGGGUCUGAUGACUCGAAUGGACUUGAUGAUCUAGAGGAGCCUGAUGACCCAAACGAGCCCAACAACCCAAACGGGCCUGACGACCCAAACGGGCCUGUCGACCCAAACAGGCCUAACGACCCAGACUGGCCCGACGAUCCUAAUGGGCUCGACGAUCCAAACGGGCCCAAUGACCCGGACGGAUCCGUCGACUCGAACGGGCAUUACGACCAGAACAGGCGUUACGACCAGAACGGGCCCGACAACCUGGAAUGCCUAACGACUCGGAUGGGGCAGACUAUCCGAACAAGACCAAUGAUUUGA